AUGGGAUGUGGCAGAACAUUAUGUGGAAAGAGUGAACCGCAAGCCAUGUGCUAUAUUGAAACAGCUAAUCUCGAUGGGGAGACAAAUCUUAAAAUACGACAGGGAUUGUCUCAAACUGCUAGUCUCCAGUCAAGAGAAGAAUUGAUGAAAGUAUCUGGAAGGAUAGAAUGUGAAGGGCCCAACCGUCACCUUUAUGACUUCACUGGAAACUUGCGUUUAGAUGGUCAAAGCCCAGUUCCUGUUGGUCCAGACCAGAUCUUGCUAAGAGGUGCACAACUGAGAAACACUCAGUGGGUCUUGGGUAUUGUUGUGUAUACAGGACAUGAUACAAAACUCAUGCAGAAUUCAACCAAAGCACCUCUGAAGAGAUCAAAUGUGGAGAAAGUGACCAACAUGCAGAUCCUGGUUUUGUUCUGUAUUCUCCUGGUGAUGGCCCUUGUGAGUUCUGUAGGUGCCUUAUUAUGGAACAGAACACACGGUGAAGUCGUCUGGUACCUUGGCUCCAACGAAAUGCUGUCUGUCAACUUUGGAUACAAUCUGCUGACAUUUAUAAUCUUGUACAACAACCUUAUUCCAAUCAGUCUUCUGGUGACAUUGGAAGUUGUCAAGUUUACUCAGGCUCUUUUUAUAAAUUGGGACAUAGAUAUGUAUUAUCCUGAAACAGAUACACCUGCAAUGGCCAGAACCUCAAACCUUAAUGAGGAACUUGGGCAGGUAAAAUACCUGUUUUCUGAUAAAACAGGUACUCUAACAUGCAAUAUCAUGAACUUUAAGAAAUGUAGUAUUGCUGGAGUGACAUAUGGUCACUUUCCUGAGCUGGAAAGAGAACGUUCAUCAGAAGACUUCAGCCAGCUACCUCCUACCACCAGUGAAUCGUGUGAAUUUGAUGACCCAAGACUGCUGCAAAACAUUGAAAAUGACCAUCCCACAGCUGUGCACAUACAGGAGUUCCUGACUCUGCUGGCUGUGUGUCAUACUGUCGUUCCUGAGAGACAAGGGAAUACAAUAAUCUACCAGGCCUCCUCUCCAGAUGAAGGGGCAUUAGUGAAAGGAGCAAAAAAACUUGGUUACGUCUUCACAGGACGGACUCCACAUUCGGUUAUCAUUGAUGCGCUGGGAAAAGAAAAAACAUUUGAAAUUCUUAACGUGCUGGAGUUUUCCAGCAACAGGAAGAGAAUGUCAGUGAUUGUUCGAACUCCAGCAGGACAGCUACGUCUCUACUGCAAAGGGGCUGAUAACGUAAUUUUUGAGAGGCUUUCAAAAGAUUCCCAGUACAUGGAACAAACGCUGUGCCAUCUUGAAUACUUUGCAACAGAAGGUCUGAGGACUUUGUGCAUUGCUUAUGCAGACCUGUCAGAAAACUCUUACAGAGAGUGGUUGAAUGUCUACAAUGAAAGCAGUACAGUUCUGAAAGACAGAACUCAGAAGCUAGAGGAAUGCUAUGAGAUCAUUGAAAAGGAUUUACUGCUUCUUGGAGCUACAGCCAUUGAAGACCGCCUGCAAGCAGGUGUUCCAGAAACAAUAGCCACACUAAUAAAGGCAGAAAUUAAGAUAUGGAUUCUGACGGGGGACAAGCAGGAAACAGCUCUCAAUAUAGGGUACUCUUGCAGACUCAUUUCACAGAGUAUGUCUCUCAUCCUGGUCAAUGAGGAUUCACUAGAUGCAACAAGAGCCUCUCUGACUCAACACUGUACCAGUUUGGGGGAGUCGCUGGGCAAGGAAAACGAUAUUGCUCUGAUUAUUGAUGGCCACACACUGAAGUAUGCCCUUUCAUUUGAAGUCAGGCAGAGCUUUCUGGACUUGGCACUCUCCUGUAAAGCGGUCAUUUGUUGCAGAGUAUCUCCUCUGCAGAAGUCUGAAAUAGUAGACAUGGUCAAGAAACACGUCAAUGCCAUAACACUUGCCAUUGGGGAUGGUGCCAAUGACGUAGGAAUGAUCCAGACAGCUCACGUUGGAGUGGGAAUCAGUGGCAAUGAGGGCAUGCAGGCAACCAAUUGCUCGGAUUAUGCUAUUGCACAGUUUUCCUACUUGGAGAAGCUGUUGUUGGUCCAUGGAGCUUGGAGUUACAAUCGAGUUACCAAGUGCAUACUAUAUUGCUUCUAUAAAAAUGUGGUUUUGUAUAUUAUUGAGCUUUGGUUUGCUUUCGUUAAUGGAUUUUCUGGGCAGAUCUUAUUUGAGCGAUGGUGCAUUGGUCUGUAUAAUGUGAUUUUCACAGCGCUGCCACCCUUUACUCUGGGAAUUUUUGAACGAUCGUGUACUCAAGAUAGCAUGCUUAGAUUUCCACAACUCUACAAAAUUACUCAAAAUGCAGAUGGGUUCAACACAAGGGUUUUCUGGGGUCACUGCAUCAAUGCCCUGAUCCAUUCCAUCAUUCUCUUCUGGUUUCCACUGAAAGUGCUGGAGCAUGAUGCAGUAUUCACAAAUGGCCAGGGAAUUGACUAUCUAUUUGUUGGAAACAUAGUUUACACUUAUGUUGUAGUCACUGUUUGUCUGAAGGCUGGCUUGGAAACAACUGCGUGGACUAGAUUCAGUCACCUGGCCGUCUGGGGAAGCAUGCUGCUCUGGCUCGUGUUCUUCGGUGUCUACUCGGCCAUCUGGCCCACGUUUCCCAUCGCACCAGACAUGCUGGGGCAGGCUGGAAUGGUGUUAAGAUGUGGAUACUUCUGGUUUGGCUUGUUUCUCGUGCCCACUGCGUGCCUUCUUAAAGACGUGGCAUGGACAGCGGCCAGGCAUACCUACCAUAAAACUUUGCUGGAGCAAGUUAAGGAGUUGGAGACGAAGACGAGAGAGCUGGGAAAAGCCAUGCUUCGUGAUAGUAAUGGAAAGAGCGUGAACGAACGUGAUCAUUUGUUAAAAAGGCUCGGCAGGAAAACUCCUCCAAGCCUUUUCCGUGCUCAUUCUGUCCAGCAAAGUGUAUCACAUGGGUAUGCGUUUUCUCAAGAAGAACACGGUGUUGUUUCCCAGUCGCAAGUUGUUCGAUCCUACGAUACAACCAAAAGGAGAGCAGAAAUAGAAUAA